AUGGAUUCAGCGCCUGGUAACAGCCAAUGGCUGGAUGCAGAGGUUCCCGUGGGCCCUUGCCCUGGGGAACCGGCUCAGCCUUUGAGGGACACAGGGGCUCAUGCUGGGGAGGGGCCGGCGGAGGUGUCUCUCCCGGUCCCAAACCGGCGUGUGCACGUGUGUGAGCACACCUGUCGUGUGGACACUGGGGGCCUCCUGCUUGCGGAGUGGCUGUCCGAGCCACCGCGGAGGAUGCCGGCGAGCGCAGCGAGUGCGCACGCCCUUCCCCGUGACAAGCGGCACGUUCCAGGCAGCUGCUCUAGGAUGGCCUCACGGGAGGCCCCACUCGGCUCGCUGUUGCUGCUGGGGCUCGUGGCACUCCAGGCCCACGCGUGUCCCGCCGCCUGCCGCUGCUACAGCAUGACCGUGGAGUGCGGCUCCUUGGGCCUGAAGGAGAUCCCGGGGAGCAUCCACCCCUCCACCCAGACCGUUUUCCUGCAGGACAACGGCAUCACGCAGAUCCACCAGCAAGACCUGGCCUCCCUCUCGGGCCUGCAGUACCUCUACAUGCAGAACAACACCAUCUCGGCGCUGGAGCCGGGCGCCUUCCGCAACCAGAACCGGCUGCUGGAGCUGGCGCUGAACGGCAACCGCAUCCAUCUCAUCAACAGCAGCAUCUUCAAGGGCCUGGAGCACCUGCGCGUCCUCUACCUGGCCGGCAACCAGAUCACCCGCCUGCCGGACUUCACCUUCUGCGAGCUGGAGAGGCUGCAGGAGCUCCACCUGCAGGAGAACAGCAUCGAGACGCUGGAGGAGGCGGCGCUGGCCGGGCUCUCCUCGCUGGCGCUGCUGGACCUCAGCAAGAACAGCCUCCGCACCAUCGCCCGGGCGGCCCUGCGGCCCCUCAUCAGCCUGCAGGUGCUGCGCCUGACAGAGAACCCCUGGCGGUGCGACUGCGCCCUGCACUGGCUGAGCGCCUGGAUCAAGGACGAGGGGCAGCGGCUGCUGAGCCCCCUGGACAGGAAGAUCGUGUGCGCCGAGCCCCCGCGCCUGGCCCACCAGAGCCUGGCCGACGUCUCCGGCAACAGCCUGAUCUGCAUCCCGCCCGUCGUGCAGGUGGAGCCGCUGGAGGCGACGGCCCGGCCGGGCGACGACCUGCGCGUCUCCUGCCAGGCCUCGGGCUACCCGCAGCCCCUGGUGACGUGGCACAAGGUGGCCCACUGGCGGGCCGGGGGGCCCAAGGCGGGCGGGGGCCGCCGGCCGGGGGGCACCUUCGAGCUGAGCGAGCGCAGCGUGGGCGAGCGCUUCGAGCAGUCCGACACGGGCAGCGGGAUGCUGUUCCUCAGCAACGUGACGGGCGCCCACGCGGGCAAGUACGAGUGCGAGGCCUCCAACCCCGGCGGGACGGCCCGGGCGCUCUUCCACCUGCUGGUCAACCUCUCGCAGCAGCAGCAGCAGCAGCAGCAGCAGGCGGGCCGGGGCCGCCCGGCCUCCGUGGACGUCAGCCAGGAGCCGCUGUACGACAUGGAGAGCAUGGACUUCAACGCCCUCAGCGCGGCCACGCAGACGGCCAUCGCCGUGGCCAUCUCCCUCCUGGCCCUGGUGGCCCUGCUGCUGGUGGCCAUGAUCUACCGCAGGCACCGCAAGCGGAAAAAGGCCAAGAAGGAGGAGCACAUCCUGUACGUCAACGACUACUCCGACGGGCCCACCACCUUCGCCCAGCUGGAGGAGUACCGCGACGAGCGCGGCCACGAGAUGUUCGUCAUCGACCGCAACAAGCCCCUCUUCGCCACCUACAAGGACCCCCAGGGCCUGGCGGGGGCCUUCCCGGAGCAGCUGCAGGACCAGGCCACCCAGACCCCGGAGGGGGAAGAGGACUGCCCGCCCGAGGCCGGCGAGCUCUUUGCCAGCCCGGGGUUGAUGUUCCAGCCGCAGAUCGCGUACGAGAUCCACUGCUGAAUGGCUGGGGGAGCCUGGGGGGCCCCCGGCCCCACCG